UCUUUUUUCAGAACAAUCAGUGUGCAAUUCAAUUGUUUUCAAGAAUCAGAUAAGUCAUUGAAAAAUGAUGACAAUAAAAUCUAUAUUGCGCAAGAAAAGAGACGGCGAAGAACUCAACAACGAAGAAAUUGGAUCAUUUAUAAAAAGUUUAAUCAUCGGCGAAGUGAGUGAUGCACAGCUAGGGGCGAUGAUGAUGGCGAUUUACAUCAAUGGAUUGACGGAAGCUGAAACCACCCACUUCACGAAGUACAUGAUUAAUUCUGGGUCGACGCUGUCGUGGCCGGAUGAGUGGAUCGGCAGGGUUGUUGACAAGCACAGCACGGGUGGCGUGGGAGACAAGAUUUCUUUCUCCCUCAUUGCUGUUCUGACGGCUUGCAGUGAUGUGAAAAUCCCCAUGAUUUCCGGCCGCAGUCUCGGAAUAACCGGUGGAACUCUGGACAAGCUCGAAUCCAUACCUGGAUUUAAGGUUGGACUGACGCCGUCAGAAAUUCUGGAAGGUUUACGGAAAAACGGUUGCGUGCUGUGCGGGCAAACUGAUGACAUCGUGCCUGCGGACCGCUUGAUGUACGCUUGCCGCGACGAGACCGAGACUGUCACCAACCGGAACUUAAUCAAUGCUUCCAUCAUCUCGAAGAAGGCAGCCGAGGGGCUCAAUGCGCUCGUUUUGGACGUCAAGUUCGGCGCUGCCAGCACGCUAGGAGACGUGCUGGAGGCCAGGGUUGCGGCUGAGGACAUGGUUCGCGCUGCUCACAACGUCGGUAUUAAAGCCAGGGCUUUCCUAACCGAAAUGAACGACCCAAUCGGGCGCAUGGUCGGAAAUGGGUUAGAAAUUCGGGAAACCGUUGAAUUUCUGCGAUGGGAAGAUGCUGGCGAACGAACUCCGGAUUUGCUUGAGCUUGUUCUAACGCUCGGAAGCCACAUGCUGCAAAUGACUAAUCAAGUGUCCAGCUUCUCAGAGGGCGAACAAAUCAUCAGACAGAGCCUGGCCUCGAAGAAGGCUCUGAAAGCCUUUGAAAACAUGCUGGCUUUCCAGGGUGUCCCUGCUGAAGUUGCUGCUGACUUGUGCGAGGGGAAAUACGACGCGGUUUUGCCAAAGGCCACGACGACUGUAGUGCACCACAAUGGCGAUCAUGGUUACGUUGCCCGCAUUGACGCAGCCGUGAUUGGACAUCUAGUGCUGGAAUUGGGUGGGGGGAGGUUAAAGAAGACCGACAAAAUUGACCACGCGGUUGGGUUCGAGCUGCUGAAAGUCGUCGGAGACCAGGUCACUCUUGGAGACCCGUGGAUCGUCAUCCAUCACAACGAGCCUUUGUCGGGCAGUUUCGUGUCGCGGGUCCAGGCCUCGCUGACUACUACUAAGGCCAUAAGCGUCAGGCGUAAUCGCGUCUUGGAGGUCGUCAGUCAGCCCGGAGACGAAAUCAAUCCCUUCCACUGAAGCCGCAAGGCGUUCCUUCACAUGAAAACCCAUAGGCGGAAUUCAUUUCUGAAGAUGAGGUGGAAGCUAUUCGUGCAUCCGGAGAAAAUGAGAAAUAACGCUCAUGAGACUGAUGAGCUAAAAAGAUAUACAGGUUUCUUGAACGAAGUUCUCUGGAACAAUUUUUUUUUCUUUUUACAGAGAAUAUCGUAAGGGAAAUCUAAGAGGGGCCACAAAAGUAUCGCUUCAGAGUUUAGAAAAAAGCGUUGCAUUUCAGAGUCAAGCGUUGUUCAGUAAUGAAUAAAAAAUAAUUCGCAGAUAUAAUAUUCGUGCGGGCUAGUGAUUUUGAUGACUACAGCAUAACCUGAGGGAAAGUAAAACUGUCGAGAUCGAUUAAUUUUUUCUCCGAAAAGGAUUUUCUAUUAAAGACCUGCAACGGAAGUUCGUUUCGUGGUCGAUUACUGAUGCCUAAUUUGCUGUUCACAUCAGAAAAUUGUAUUAUUCCUGGAAGAAAUUUGUAUUAUUCCGGGAAUUCGGUUCUGGUGACCUGCGUGAUGCUAUUUGCGGGCUUAUGUGAGUUUCGCGGUGAAAGAAAACUAAACGAUCAAGUUGCUGGCACACAUAAUUUCCUUUCGAUACUUCGGCCUCAAACUACGAGUGCGUCUCAUAUCUUAUGAAAAUUAUCGUUUGAGUUUCGAUUUUUUGAACGACGACUGUGUGAAUGUCGUCCUGCUUGGAUGGGAUGAAUUCCCAUCAGUGAGUUAUACGCGUUCAGUUUAUGCGUUUAUCCAAACACAGACAUGAAAUAAAGUGGGAUUGGUUUUGCGAGGACGAUACAGGUGGUACCUCGCAAUUCGACCCUAAUCCGUUGCUGGACUAGGGUCUAAUCUAAUUGCGAGACAACUUCAAAUGUCAUGUUUUUUUACAUGGCAUUUGACGAUUCAGGUUGCUCCGCAGGUCGAAUUACGCGGAAGAGGUCUAAUUGAGAGUCGACCUCCCUGCAAAUUCGACCGUCAAAUUGCGAGAUACCACCCCCCUCUUCGGUGGACAUGAUUUAUUUAAGGAGAGCAUUAUUAUCAUUACUUUCAAUAUAUUCAAGGAGCCGUAUUGUGUACGUAAGAAUAACAGUUGUUGGAGAUUUUCAGGCAUCUUGUUUGUCGUAAAUCCAGUAUUAUUUAAAUCUUGUGCAUCAGUACGUCUGUGUCCAGAUGGCAAAAAAGUCUCUGAAGAAAGUUUCUCUCUGUAUCUGACCAUUAAAUCAGAUUCGAAUUAGAAGACCCAAUCUGGCAUACAUUGCUCUCCUUUUUUAUUUUGACGAGCCUGAAGAACUUUGACAAUGAUGAAAACUUCAUGACAUUGAAAUACAACUUGGGGGGGGGGGGGCAUCUUCCGAGCAUUUUUUCUUGAAGAUGUCAUGUUUUCUGCGUACGUGUUCUUCUUUAGACAUACUGUAUUUGUUAAUCGCGGUUUUGAAUGCGCCACAGUAAAGUCGAAACACAAGCGUAACAUGGAUAAUUUUUUUCUCGUUCAGAAAG